AUGGAUCCAAUAGAGAAGAAACGAGACCUUACCACAUCAGAAACCGCAAGUCCCCUCUCAAAGAUGGACCUGAAGAAGCAAAACGACGUCACUAUGUUCCUUGCGGAGAAAGUAAUCUCUACCGUAGCAAGAAACACUAAUUUCACCAUGGUCGCGUCUACCACUGAAGACGAAAGAGUAAGAUCCUUGAUCUUGUUCGUCCUUAGGUCUUCCUCAAUCGAUGGUAGCGCGAACGGUGGCCCUAAGAUCUCGUCGGUUAAUGGAGUGUGGAUAGAGUAA